CAGUCUAGACUGGUGUGAUUCACAUGGUAUUCACGUUUUGAUGCUCAUUACUCCGAGAUAUACAUGGUUAAUGCGAUAGUGUUAUCAGAGUGAAACUGACAACAUAUGAAUGAAAGCGAAGCAAGUAGAGGACGGUUAUAUUGGCUUGUGAUCACAUGGAUUAUAAAGGUAACGCUAAGACCAUGCGGGGUCUCCUAGUAGCGUGUCUGUGCUGUUGCGCUGUCUCACACAGCACACGUCUGCCCGUAUUAAACGGAACUUUUACAUCCGACAAUAAUGGCUCUACGGGUGCUGUGGAAGAUGGACAUAACCAUGGUAACAGGACAGUAACAAUUUCCAGGCGGAAUAAGGGAUUACAUUUUUCGUCAUUAUUGAUGUCACUGUAUUCGGAGUCCGAGAUAUUGAAAGUGAACGACUUCCUACGCAUGUUGAGAGAUGUUGGUGUGCCGUUCGGCGACAAUCAUCGACAUCAGUCUAAUCAUCAUGAUCAACAGCGGAGACCAGAACCUAGUGCAGGCAACAUGCGACGCCGUGAGAGAGAUGUCACAAAGACGAAACAGUUACCACGUGGAUCUAAAGCGACACAUACUACGGGGAACAGGGACGGCAAGGACCACAUGUGCCUAGGUCUGGACAGCGUGGUGGCGUUAUUUGGAGGGAAAAUACGUGACCCACAGGACCUGAUGUAUUUGGCUCCAGUGAUACUGUAUCAGCUGACCCCCUUCUGUGAACGCCGGUUUUCCGACAGAGCCGACCACUCGUCUCAACAACAGCAUCAACAACAGCACCAACAUCAGAAGCAUCAUCGCCACCACCACCAGAAUCAGCGUAAACGUAACCAUAGCAACAGAGAACAUGACCAACAUCAUGGCCACCAUGACGGACACGGGAAACACGAUAACCAUCGUUUAAAGAAAGUGGAAGAGAAGGGUAACCAAAGCGACAGCCAUCAAGAGGCAGAAGAACAAAAUAGUCACCAUGAAAAGGAUAAACAGGGCUCCCAUAGUGCCCAUGUACAUCACGUUAACAGAGGACAAGAUCACGAUGGGGAUCGCAGCCAUGAUACGGCAUCGGCAGAGGCCAAACGUUACCAUAGCGGCCACGUGCACCAUGUUCACGAAGGAGUGGAGACCAACAGUAGUCAUGGUGACCAUAUACACCAUGGUUCAAAACACAAGGACAAAAGUCACCAUGGUGACCACAUAGAUCAUGAUUCUACGGACAAGGACAGACAUCUCCAUGGAGACCAUAUACAUCACGUUUCAAGAGACAGAGAGAAGGAUUUCCAUGGCGACCAUAUACAUCAUGAAUCUAGGGCCAAGGACAAGCAUCUCCAUGGAGACCAUAUACAUCACGUUUCAAGGGACAAAGAGAAGCAUUUCCAUGGUGACCAUAUACAUAAUGUUUCCAGGAACAAGGACAAGCAUCUCCAUGGUGAUCAAAUUGACCAUGUUUCUACAGAUGAGGACAGACAUCUCCAUGGAGACCAUAAACAUCACCUUUCAAGGGACAGAGAGAAGCAUUUCCAUAGCGACCAUAUACAUAAUGUUUCCAGGCACACGGACAAGCAUCUCCAUGGUGAUCACAUUGACCAUGUUACUACAGACAGACAUCUCCAUGGAGACCAUAUACAUCACCUUUCAAGGGACAGAGAGAAGCAUUUCCAUGGCGACCAUAUACGUAAUGUUUCCAGUAAGAAGGACAAGCAUCUCCAUGGUGAUCACAUUGACCACCUUGAUCACCCUGAAGACAACACGCAUCACCACUUCAGUCAGUCACCCUUAAAAGUUUGGGGAUCCAGCAUCCUGGCUGUUCUGCUCAUCAGUCUCGUGGGCCUCGGGAGCGUCGUCAUCAUCCCCAUCAUGAGGAAAGUCUUCUACAACUAUGUCCUGCAGUUCCUGGUCGCUGUUGCUGUCGGAGCACUCACUGGAGACGCGCUGCUUCACCUACUGCCACAUGCGAUGACAGGCGAUAUCCAUGACAACAACAAAGACACGCACGAGGACAAUCACCAUAGCGACCAUAUUGAUUACCAUAGCAACUCACUAGGGAUGGGACUGUGUGGAAUGGGUGGACUGAUAACGUUCUUUACCAUGGAGAGGCUGCUUAGGAUAUUCAUGGAAAGAAAAGCGAAGAUGAAGAAAAAGAAGGCCUCGUCUGCACCGUCCCCGCAAAUGUCAAACACCGGUGCUGACGACAGCGUGGUGGGCGUGAAGCUGUCAGCCCACAAGGAUCCAGACUACCAGGAAUGCGAGGAAAUGAUGUUCAACGUGAACAGGAAGCACAGAUUACCAAUUGGAGCAUGCGCAGGCAGCCUUCUGUCUAUAACGGCAGUGUCUCAUCCAGAAAUCAGUGUGUCGCGAAGUGAGAAUCAGCCUCUUUCUGAAUCUGAGAAAGGUCACGGUCACUCUCAUUUAACCAAUGAGCUCCCGUCGUCAGUAGCAACGAUUGCAUGGAUGGUGAUUCUUGGAGACGGUAUCCACAACUUCAGUGACGGCCUUGCACUGGGUGCAGGCUUUGCCAACAGCAUCACAGGUGGUAUCAGCACCACCAUCGCCAUUUUCUGUCACGAACUUCCACACGAGAUAGGAGACUUUGCCGUGCUGCUGCAAGCGGGGAUGUCGGUGAAGCAGGCCAUCGUCUACAACUGUGUUUCCUCGUUGCUCUGCUUCUUUGGGAUGGUCAUUGGUGUUCUCAUUGGUAACGUGGGACAAGCCUCUCUUUGGAUCUUUGCCUGUAUAGCAGGAACCUUCCUCUACAUCGCUCUGGUUGACAUGCUUCCCGAAUUAUGUGUAGCGCCGACGAAGGGAGAUAACCCGUACUGUAUACUUGGCAUACAGCUGUUUGGGAUUUUGGUUGGAGCGAGUAUUAUGGCUGUGAUAGCGGUCUUUGAGCACAGCUUGAUUAAGCUGCUGGACAUGUGACGUACACGGCUGUAUUAUAGUCGUUAAAUUAUAGGGUACGUUAAUACUGUGUGACGAGCUGAUUUCCAUGUUCAAACACACAGGUUAACCAAGGAGUUGGUCGUGCAGAACUGAAUUAUGAAGACACAGUUUUAGGUUUACAAUAAGGCCUUUCUACGGGCCAAACAAGUGAGAGCAUCAUAAGUAACAGGAAUUACCAGAGCUGACUUGAGUGCACGAGCUAACGUUUCUGAAUAUUGACAGCUAUUUGCCAGCACUGAAAGAAACCGGUGUCCCCUUUUGAAUCCACAAUAAUGUAGGGAGCUGAUAAGAAUUAUUGCGUUUUCAAUUAAGUAUCCAAUCCACACUUGACAAAUACAUUAGAAACAAGUCAGGUAGGAAGUGCCUCGAAGAGCCUUAUCCUAAACCUGGAGAGUUAGAGUCAGCCAGAAUCUUUCUCAUUCCGAAACAAUGAAGCUGGUGACGUUCGUAAAACAAACAAGAGAGAAUUGUCGGUACAUUCCACUCGCUUAAGCUGAAAUAAGUAAAAGAUAAUAGUCUCUUUUGGCUCAUCACGAUUGUCCCACCACGCAUCGGCUGGUUUGGUGUGGUUAAAGGUUUAGGGCACGAGCUCUGGUUCAUAUGACCUGUAAUCGCCCCUUCUAGA